CUUCACUCCAGCUUCACACAGCGUUUCACUGAGGCACAGAUAAACUGACAGUGAACUGAGUAGGAUGGAAGGUCUUCCACUAAGGAUGCCCCAGGCUGUCAUCUUACAAGAAGUCAAAGAUGAUGUCAAAGUGACAAUACCUGAUUACCUCAGCAUAUUACAGGAAACAGCGUACGAGUUCAGCUUGGAGAACUGGGUGUUAACUGGCUUGCAGAACGGUCCCACCCACCAUCAGCGGCCUCAGCCAUUCACCUCUCCAUCCGAACUUUUACCAUCUUGUCCUCCGUACUGGAUGAUGUUCAGCAGCCCACAGCAGAGUCGUCUGGCCAGCCGCCACAGUUCUGACUUUUGGGAACCAAACCCUCGACAACGCUCCCUCAGCCUCAACCUUGCUGUGCUUCGCACCACCUUCACCAUCUCAGACUCAGAGGAUGAAGGAGGAAAUACUGUGCAGCAAGCCAAGAAACCCCUGACAGCUAAAGCUUGUUUGAAGGAAGAGCACCCAGCUGCUUCAUGUCAGAACAUGAAGCAAAGAAAAGCACAGAGAGCCUUCAUCCCAGACCUGCUGAAUCCUCCAUCCUGCCUGAGCAGCCUCCCCCACAAGCGCAGGAAGAACCUCCGGCAGUGUUCUGUCUCUGGGACGGACAUGUCCAAAAAACAAGAGUCCAACAUAGACAGUCAGCCUCAGAGCUCAUUCUCAUACAAAGCUCCCAACACCAGGAUCUAUACCACUGACAAAUCCACUGACAACCAUAAAGCAGCAGAUAUGAUGCGUCUCAAACCAAACUGCUGCAGAGCUCACCCUAUAGCCUCGUCAUGCGGGAGCCUGAGCUCUGCUCUGGACUCGUCUGUGGAGCUCCUCUCAGCUCUGAGCCCAGAGGAGAGAGAGCUGCUCAGGGUCAUCACUGCCCGGGGAUACCCCCUCCGCACUGCCAUCAUUGCCCUGCAGAGGGCAGGACAACAGACCCCAGAUCAGAUCCUGAGUUACCUGGUUGCGUGUGAGCACCUGUGUCAGCUGGGCUAUGACAUGGCUCAGGUGGAAGAAGCCCUGGAGAUGUUUCAGAACUGUGAAACAAAGGCAGAAGAGUUCCUCCACCUCCUGACGCAGUUCAAUGAGAUGGGCUUCCAGUCACACACCGUCAAAGAAGUGCUGCUUGUCCAUGAGAAUCACAGAGAGCGGGCGCUUGAGGAACUGAUGAUGCGUGUAGCGUGACGGCAGGGUUACAUGCAGCUCGGUUCAAACUCUAGAGAGGGUUUUAGGCAAUGGGUUUUGGUUGUGUUCAGCAAUGCUUUAUUCAUAAUUUUCUCUGUCUUUUUUUGUACUAAAGCGCUCCAGUUAAACUCUGCAUGUGUCAUAGUGAGUUUUAGGACAGCUACACAACAAAAUAUACCUUAUAAAUGAAGCCUACUUGAUGGGGCCACUCUUUAGACAGCUUACAUGGGCAGUAACCAUUUGUGGGUGGUCCCUAAAGAGUUUUUUUUCUUCUUCAUGUUUUUCUUUUUUUAUUUAAUGAAUGGGUCUUUUGCAGCAUUUCACUUUAUAUAAAAGUCAUAGACAAAUCAUGUGAGAAGUAUUAUUUUAAGAUUUUUAGACUAUAAGCAAUGACCAAGGAGUUAUUGGCUAUGGGAUGUAUUUAAACGAGCAAGCAUCAGUUCAUACCUGAUGUAUAUAGGAUUAGUUAUUUGCAUUAGCAAAAUCUUUCUUACUUAGUGGAUAGGGCACCAUAGCUGGUUGCACCCCAGGGCCCACAUUCUUUUAAAUCCAUCCCUGGUCAUUAAUGACUUUCCACACCUACAGUCACAGUAAACAGAAAAUACUAACUCCAUCAGCUCAAGAGUCGAGUCAGAACAUAUAAGUGAAAUAGUUUAUACCAGCCUUUAAAAUGAUUAUUAUAGAUGAAUUAUUAUCAUCACAGCAAUGAAGGGGUGCAAAAAGAAAGCUGCUUAAAUAUUUGGUCAGUCUUUUUCUCUUUGGUUUGCUCUGAUCAGUUGCUCUCCAUGCUGUCUGCAGGAUGUAGGCCAACAGUGUUUUGUCAUUUCUUUGAGCACUGAACCAUUGCUGUUGUCUUUUCUGCUUGGAAUUGCUGGAACACACACAUUUGCUCCUGAACUCCCAGAAGCACAGCAUCAAGAAAGCACCCAGGAUCAACUUUUCCAUUUUUACUUCGUCUUUAUGGAUUAAAUAACAGUGCAGAACCUGUUCCACAUGAAAUCAGAAUCAUUUUCGAACCUCAUAAAUACAGGAUAUCUGUCAUACGCUCUGAUAUGGAAAAUCCAAACAUUGAAGCAGGGUGAACUUUCUUUUUGAUCAAUGCUGUCUGUGGUGGAUGGUGUGGUCAGAGAGAGUAAAUUCCCAGUUGCUCUAAAUGGUUUCAUCUUUACUGUUACAUGUUCCACUAUAAAAACAGCAUCUUCUGAUUGAAUGUAAUGACUUCUUUCUUUAUUUUUUUUUAAUGCUUAUAUACUAAAUCAUGUAUUUAUACUAAAUAAA